GUCCUCCAUGCAGAUAUCUGACCAUCGACCAUGAUCAUAAUCACUGUUCAGUGCACGCUCUAGUCCUUGCCAUUUGGUCAAAAGAGAUCAGAAGGAAACAAUGAAGUCGAACCUGAAAAAGGCGAUCGUAACGUCAGAUCAAGAUCGGCCGCUAGAUCGACAGCCACGUGGAAAGCAAAACCAUCCAAAUUCUAGAGCUCGUACUUCCCAUCGGCGACCUUGUAAUUGUAAAGCACCCUGCAUAAUGCCCAAAAGUACCAAGAAGAAGAAAGAUAAAGCGGCAGACUUCUCUAAAGCGAAACUCAAGUUAGGAAAAGGGAAACAACUUGCUAAUAAUGCCGUAGACACUUCCUUCAAAGCUCGCUCCAUUGCCCUGCCAUCACAAAGCAUCGCUCAAGGUUCAUCGAAUGCGCCGACGACUAAACGAAGACUAACGUUUGAGAAUUUGAUUUCUUACUUGAAGCACUACAAUGUUUCUACUCGUAAAGAUGCCAUCUUCGGACUCCGAGAAUUGCUAGAGGAAAACCCGCAUUUGCUUGCAGACCACCUGACAGCGCUUGUAAAUGGCACUGUUCGAGUCAUUGGAGACGAGGAUGCCUCUGUGCGCAAGGCAUUAUUGGGUUUCUUUGGCUGGUUGUUACCUAGAGUCCCUCAGAGCGACCUGCAUCCCCAUGCCCCUAUUCUGCUCCUUUUCACUACAUCGGCUCUGACACACAUCUUCCCGGAGAUUAGGAUUGAUGCCAUUCGCUUCCUCGAUAUCUUCCUUGAGCACAUCCCUGAGAUUGUCAUUGAAGGCUGGGCGCGGGAUAACUCAGGCCAUGGACGACGGGUUCUCCAAGGUUAUUUGGGGGUCUUGAGUGCUGGAACAGCUUAUGGACAUGAUGGUGAUUCCGGGCCUGUCAAAGCAACGUCCACAGCGAGUGUUAUCCUCUCUCCUGGAUCGAAACUUGUCGUGUUGAAAUCACUUGCAACGUUCUUGAAUCGCGCGUUGGCAGUCAAGAAGCAAGCAAGCCAGUCCUCUUCCUCAAGUUCAAGUACCCCCACUCGAUUCUUCGCAUCUUCAUUUUCAUCGCAAAGCGCAUUCGAGACCUUCGACUCUCUGUUACGACCGACACUCACGGAUCCUACCAAAACCGCUACACGCCAAUGGGCUGAAGAAACUGAUCCAACAGAAGAUGAUUUUGUUGGAGCUUUCACCCUCGCUUCGUCUCAUAUAGGAGACUCGUGGAGUCUUCAAGACCUUACCAAUGUCGAGCUUCCCAUACUUGGAAAAGAUGUUGACGGUGGGCAGUCCAGCACGGGUGUAAAUGCGGAAUACACUCAUGUUCUGCAUCUUACCAAAAUGUUGCACGCGACGUUGGUGUCGACGCUGCUCGAUUGCGCUCCAGCAGUCUUUUCACCCAGUUCAAGCCCACCAGAGACGGAGCUGAACAUGAUCCUUACGAUUAGCGAUAUCGCUCGUUCCUUAUAUGGCGCCUUGUUACAAGAUGCAUCCACUAACGUCACUCCGUCAUAUCAAGUCAUCGAGGACCUCAGUUCUUUCCUUGGUCAUAUGUCCCCAUAUUUUCCUUUUGUGCCUAGUGGCUCGAUCCUCGCGAAAAGGGACAUCAAGAUCGAACAAGCUUUCCAAGACCUCAACAUAACUUACUGCGAACUAACCUCGCUCCUGCUCUUGGUGUCUCCCACACCCGAACAUGUGUCAACAUCGCGCUCGUCUAAUGGAAAGAGACCGGCGAGCACCCCAACACACCUUACAUCACUUCAAGUUGACCGCGUUCACGACUAUGUCGUGCGUCUCCUUCGCGGAGAACCUCCAUCAGGAAGCGUGCAGGCGACACUUCCUCGUCCGAUUGCGCCUUCUGUGUACUCGGCGCUGCUCCCAACCAUAUGGGCCCUCAUCAACCAUGCUGCUCUGGAACGCUCGCAAGACUCAGAGUCGCUGUUAGUUGCGGUGAUAGAACAUGCGAUUAAGGUGUCCUCGACAUCCGCAGUCAAAAUACACACUCUGGACUUUUUGGGGCGACUCAUACUUUCUGUUUAAGCUCAACACUACGCCCGAAUAUCGUGGCCCCAUACGGAUCGAAUGGGACUCCGAAGAAGGGCACAAAUUGAGUGAAUGGCUAUUGCAUCUCCCCAAGACGGUGUGGGAGCUCGGAAGCAAUAACCAGGCGUCCACGGAGGUUCGUCACAAUGGGUUCUUCCCCAACCAAAAAGCAUGAAAUUUUGUGUGUGUUGACAAGGAUACCGUGAAUUUGCAGGUCAUUUUCCGUCUCUUGCUGCGACUUCGUCAACGGAAAUUCUCCUUGCUUUGCAACGAGCAAACGCUUGGUGCAAUUCGCUCCCGGCUCGCACCCUAUUUUGUCAUCAACCACCCCAGUCGCGGCAAACUCCCGGGGCCAUUUGCGAAACUUCCGCCGUCUCCCUUGCGGAGAUUGGCAUUAGACGUUGGGGCCUCGUUGUGUCCAACGUCAGAUGGAGAUGCGGCUGAUCUGAUUGCUGCCAUCCAUGAGGCUGUUAGAGACGCUGGUGAGGGGGAUUACUGGGUGUCCGUCAUGCGUGACUAGUAGUUCAUUGUACUGCGUCAAGUUCGGACGUUCGUCAAGUAACAGCACGUUCCGUCUGCAACGCAGCUUUGAAUGCCGCCGAUCCAUCACAACAUCUCGGAUCGACCAACGUCAAGCGAAAACAAUGAUGUACGAAACAGUAUGUUAUUGUAAAGUUGUAGUGUUGUGGUAUGGAACCUCUAUCGAAACUGUUGUACCCCAAAGCAGCAAGUGCUUAAUAAGACAGUGAUAAAGCGCGUGCAACCAGAGCAGGCGACCGAAGUGUAAGAUGACGAGACAAGCUCGGUAAUACCCCCUCCUAGCCAUUCUGACCCCCCGGCAUGCAAGGGACCACAGAACGG